AUGACCCAACUGCCACCAGCCAAAGCGAUCCCAGAGUACUACCAGAACCUAACAAAUUGCCCAUCACUCCUUAAAAAAAUAUACAACCUUGACGACAAUUCCGGUUUUAGACAUUGCCAGUAUCACCUCGGAGAUGAGGAGGCGCGCAACUUUGUGGUCGACUUUGACGACCGCGGAGCUUGGUGCUCAGUCGAUGUUGAGAAUGAUGAGAUUUCAGCAUUGUUAGAUAAAAACACGCCAAAGCCGUUUGAGACGAGGUGGAUACACAUCUGGGCGCCUGAGCGCCAAGUUGAGCUUGUACAGACUCUCACUGCGCGCUAUGGAAUGUCCCAUCGGCUUGCAGGCUUGAUGUGCUCCGAUCCCACCAAAAAGAAAAAGAUUACGCCAGUAUCUCCAAUGCUUGCACGGGAACAAUCAACCGAUGAAGACGAUUCGUCGGGGGUAACGGUGUUGAAAGACAUCGAAACCGGCCAGAGUUUAGAGGAGGCACCUCGGUCGCUGGAGAAAUUAAGAGAAUUUGAUUUGAGCGGCAUUUCAUUUUCGCAACUAGUAGAUAAAAUCUGGCACUUUUCAUCUGUGGAUUAUGGCAACGAGUAUAUAUGCAUCGGGUAUAAUUCCCUUUAUGUGGUACCAAAGCUCAAGUUCAGCCAGCAACCAGGUCGUCCCGACGGAAAGAGAGUUUGGUCUUGGCUUGUACUAUGUUCAGAUGGAACCGUGAUCUCAAUACAAGAAAACCCCUUUGCGCGAGAAACGUUGAGUUUUGAGGAAAGACGAGAAGCGCUCAAAGUGAUCCGACGAAACAUCGGGUUGGUGCUUUUUGGAAUUCCAAAACAGCAUAGUGAUAAAAAGAAGCAAAAUCCGCUCUUGGGAACGCAUAUCCGCAACUCGUCUAAUUCUUGUGAAGAUGUACGGAUUAGAAAAGGAGAGGCGCCCAGCUUGCUUUUUUAUUAUAUUUUUGACGACUGGGCGACCAACUAUAGCCUGGUCAUUGGGAGGGAGCACUCGUAUAGUGCUGCCCUUGAAAAACUACGAACUAGCAUGCUCACCAGGCCGCGAAUAGAUCUGGUCACAGAUCUACAUCGAGUAGGAAGAGAGCUUGCAGUGCUGAAGCGCCUGUAUCAGAGCUAUGAGCUCAUAGCGACCAGAAUUCUCAACAGACAACUGCACAUGAUGAACCGGUCCCGCAAUGGCAAGCAUCGCUCGCCAUGUCAGAUUCGUGGGCUGAAUAAGCACAUCUUUGAUCCCCUACCCCAGGACAGGUGGCAAGAAGUUUCCGAGGGGAUGGGUAAUGAGGAGGCCCCGGACGACUUUGGACUGCGCCAUGGAAUAGGAGGAGUGCAGAUAAAGCCAGCAGCGCUCAAUCGCAUUGAGCGGCUCGCGGAUCGAAUACGGUUAUACGCUCUCAGUGAAAUAGAGGAGUGCUUGAAUGAGAAAGAGACUCUCACAUUUCUGGUGUUCAACUUGAUCGCCAUUAGAGACUCGAGCGCCGUGGAAAAGUUGACGCGCAGCACAGUUCUGCUGUCCAAAGUCACAAUCCUCUUUCUGCCUGUGAGUCUGCUGACAAGCUAUUUCUCAACGGAGAUUGAGGGCCUCAAGAACUCCUAUACCGUCAAGAACUACUGGGUCUCCUUUGCGGUCAUAAUGUUUUUGUCCAUUGCGGGGCUCUCUUUGUUUGGAUGGGUCAACAAUGCCAUUGGCGGAAUAUCGACGCAUCAGUCAUUGAAGAAUCGCGUGAUAGAGAUACAAAGAGCGAUCCAUCGCAGGAGAACGAGAAAUCGUGCCUGA